AUGAAAAUUCUGGUGACGGGUGCGGCUGGCUUUAUUGGCAGCCAUACAACACUUGAGUUGGUGGAAGCCGGCUAUGAAGUGAUGUGUAUAGACAAUUUUUCCAACUCAGUGUCUGAUGGAAAAGGAAAUGCUGUUUCUUUGCUACGAGUCGCUGAAUUAGUUGGCAAACCGAUUCCUUUCGAGGAAUGUGACGUUUGUGAUUUGGAGCACCUGGACGCCGUUUUCGCGAAGGGGAAUUUCGAUGGCCUCAUCCAUCUGGCAGCUUUAAAAGCUGUCGGAGAAUCUGUUGCAAUGCCAUAUGAAUACUACUCUAAUAACCUCGUCGCUAGUCUUAACCUUAUUAAAAUGUGCCAAAAGUAUAAUGUCAAAAACUUUGUCUUCUCAUCAAGUGCAACUGUGUAUGGCAUUCCAAGGGAACUGCCAGUUACGGAGAACAGUCCAACUGGACAGGGCAUAACUAACCCAUAUGGACAGACUAAGUACAUGAUGGAACAAAUAUUAAUUGAUGUUGGAAAGGCACAUCCGGACUGGAACAUAAUAUUGCUGAGGUACUUCAAUCCGGUUGGGGCUCAUCCGAGUGGAAGAAUAGGUGAAGAUCCUCGAGGCGUGCCAAAUAACCUCAUGCCUUUCGUUAGUCAGGUAGCCAUAGGUAAAUUGCCUGUACUGAAAAUUUUCGGAGAUAAAUGGGAUACUCCUGAUGGAACAGGAGUCCGAGACUUUAUUCACAUUGUAGACCUCGCCAGAGGCCACGUGAAAGCUCUAGACAGAAUCAGGAAAGAAGGUCAUGUUGGAACAGAGAUCUAUAAUCUCGGAACAGGCACAGGCUACUCAGUGAAAGAAAUGGUCGCAGCUUUCGAAAAGGCUAGUGGACGUAAGGUCCCCACUGAGGUACGACUUGCGGUUUCUUGA